AUGACGCAUGCGCAUGUCCCAAGGUUUGGCAAUUGGGAUGCAGAUAAUGUUCCAUACUCGGCAUAUUUUGAUAAUGCGCGCAGGCAAAAUUCCAUAACAAAAGCAAAAGAUUCAGAGGUCGUCUUUAACAAAAAUAAUGAUGACGUGGAUGCAUCGAGGGCUUCUUCUCGUAAUCGCUCCAGAUCCAACAGAAGGCGGCAUAGGGAAGGGCGAAGCAAUAGUUCCAGACACCAAUUGCACCACCGCACAAGAAUGACAACACAAGAAGCUAGUGAAAUAAAUAAUUUUGAUCACUCUGUCAUGACGAAACUAAAUUUAGGAACGCACCAUGGAGGUAAUGAUAAUAGUGCUCCCUUCUCUCCACCAAGACGUCAAAUUAAACGCAGAGAUAGUACUGCAAUAGGUCAUCCCUUUCAGCAUGCGAACAAAGAAGGAACACUAGUACCAGAAUUUGGAGCUUGGGAUGCCACGGAUGCUAAAUCAGCACAGGGUUAUACUGCUAUAUUUCGGAAAAUCAGACAAGAAAAGCUAACUGCAAAACGCCGCCACCACUUUCCCAAUAAUAAUGCUCAAUCAAUGAACAAUAAUAUCCAGAACCAAUGUAGCAGUAGUUCUUCCUCCAUAUUUUCUAAGGUAACAAUGUUGAAGUUUGUGCUGUCUAUGUAA